AUGUCUCAAAAUUUACGUAAAAAGGCUGCAACUCGUGCUUCCCGACGUGCUAGCAAUAAUGCAGGGCCUACUCUGGCAUCUAUUCUUGCUCUUGGAACUCCUUUGAGUAGUCGUCAUAAUACCGAUGAAGAAGACGUUUGGAGUGAGACAUCCGCUGAUACUUUUGAUUCUUCCGCAUCAACUGGAAGUAGAGCUGAAGACAUAAUUUUAGAAGAAGGUGAUAGGUGGGAGGAUGAAGUAUUACAAAGCAUCGAUAACUUGGAAGAGAAGCGUACAAGUAUUCGAGAAGAUGCGUUGGCCAAAUUGAUCCGUCUCCUUUCUCGUAAAUACACUGCCAAUAUUCUUUAUUCACGAAGAGAUACACUGCUCGACAUGUUGAAUCGAUCCGUUAAAAAAGAUAAAAGUUACAAAGAAAAUAAAUUGGCUGUUAAAGUGAUGUCGCUAUUAUUUGUUACUUUAGGUGAAGGUCAAGAGUCAAUGUAUCAUGAUGUCUUGUCCCUUUUAAAAUAUACUAUCACUAACAGUGUUUCUAUGGAAGUAAAGAAAUCAUGCAUAAAAACAUUAGCUUUGGCUUGUUUUAUUUCUGGUUCACAAGCUGAAGCUCUUGAACUUAUGAACUUUUUUGUCGAAAUUAUAAUUACCAAUGGUAAAAGCGUUAAUGCCAUUAAUGACGGAGCUACUUUAACAGGCGCAUUGAAUGCAUACGGCUUAUUAUAUGCCGGAUUAUGGGGAGAUUCUAAGAAAGUAGCCGGAAUGGCUAGAGAGGAAUUUGAACGAGUAAUGCCAGCACAUAUUAAACAACUUGAAUCAUCUACUAUGGAGGUGAGAGUUGCUAGCGGCGAAAAUAUUGCAUUGAUGUUUGAAACUUUAGGAAUAAGUAAAGGAAUAGAUUCGGCUGAAGGAUGGGGCCAAGAACUCGAUGAUGAGUCUGACGAAGGCUAUUUCGAUUAUAAUGAGAUGGGUCGAUUAACUCAGUUAUUAAGUACAUUAGCUACAGAUAGCAACCGUCGUCGCGGCAAAGCUGAACGUAAAGUUCAGAGAUCUGCUUUCCGUGAUAUUUUGAAGACUGUUGAGGAGGGUGAUCAAGUCCAAGAAAAGCUCAGAUUCAAGAAACAAACAAUUUACUUUUCUACGUGGGCCAAAAUCAUUGAGCUUAAUGCGUUUCGUGAUGCUCUCGCAGAAGGGUUGCAUGUACAUUUUCUUGAAAACGAGCUUUUACAAGAUCUGUUUAAUUUUGUUCCUCCACGUCCUGUAGCGGUAAAUCAAGGAUCAAGACCAAAUUCAGCAAUGAGUUUUCAUACUGCUGGAUCUGAUACUGAUUCUUCAAUUGCAAGCAAGAAAGCAAAAGAUAAAAAGAUAAAGAAUAGAAAAAAGCAUAGCAAAAGGAGAGGUGAUUUUCUGGAAGUUGGUUAA